AAUGCAAAGAGAUGCCGAGUUAAAAAUCCAAGAAGCUACAGAAGAAGAGAACAACGAAGAAAACGAUGAGUAGAGUCUGAAAAUUAAAGAGGAGACAUGUAAGGAAUUCAUUGUAUAGCAAAAUUGAGAAAAGAAAUACAGAAUGAUUCUUGGAGCAUUCUUGAUAGAAAUUAUAGUAGCAUUUUGCCUUGCUGCAACUUUAUUAUAUAAAUAUGGGAAUAUUUUUCGACAUCACAUCUUUGUUACAAUUUCCGUGCUAAUAGCAUGGUAUUUUUCACUAUUGAUAAUAUUUAUAUUGCCUUUAGAUGUUUCAUCCACUGUCUUUAGACAAUGUGUUGAACAGAACAAUCACAAUAUUACCAAAGUGACUCCUGAUGGCACAACAUCAAUACCACUUCACAUUUGUAAAAAACCCUGGCCUAAUGUUCCAGAAAAUGUAUUUCCAAAUUUAUGGAGAAUUGUAUAUUGGACGUCGCAGUGUUUGACAUGGUUAAUAUUACCGCUUAUGCAAUCAUAUAUAAAAGCAGGAGAUUUUACUGUUCAAGGAAAACUGAAGUCUGCUUUGAUUGAUAAUGCUAUAUAUUAUGGAAGUUAUCUGUUCAUAUGUGGCAUUCUCCUAAUAUAUAUAGCAUUGAAACCUGGCUUAGAUCUUGAUGGUCAAAAACUCAAGGCUAUAGCAUCAUCUGCAUCAAACACAUGGGGCCUGUUUUUAUUAGUAUUACUUCUUGGAUAUGCACUUGUAGAAGUUCCACGUGGAUUAUGGAAUGCUAGUAAACCUGGGUAUACAUUAAAUUAUAGCUACUUCAAAGUUGCUAAGUUAAGUUUAGACAAAUGCGAGGCAGAAGAAACAGUGGAUGAUAUACUUGAGUCGUUACAAGCUGCUACAGUGUCCAUUGGACCAGGUCAUCCGUUUCACUGUAACUUGGAGACAAUUUUCCAAAAAAUUCCUGCAGAAUUGAAAGAUAGAAUGAACAGGAGGCAGUUACCUGAUGACACACCAACUGACACACCGUCUGAAAAAUCAUUGAUUCGUUUGCAUAGACAAACCAUAAAAGCGUUACAAACUUUACAACGUAUAGAAACUCAAUGGGGAAUUCUGGUUAAUAAAAUAAUUGAUUUAGAAGAUAUAGCAAAGAAUCAAGAAAGUCAUGACAAAAGAUUCAAACCUACUUUCCCUGUACAUCGAUCAUUUCCACUUCGCAUUAUUUAUAAUCCAGUUAUCGAGUGGUACUGGAAAUGCGUCAUAAAGAGUUACGUCCAAAAAAUCGCAGCUAUCACUGCUGGUUGCCUUUCAGUAGCUGUUGUAUGGUCAGAGGUAACAUUUUUCAACAAAUCUCCAGUGUUGUCACUGUUUGCUCAGUUUGUGAAUUUAGCUAAGGAGAACUACGAUUAUUUUACAAUCGAGUUACUAUCCACGCUGAUAAUUGCAUACCUCUGUUACUGUGCUUAUUCAACGGUUUUAAAAAUCCGUGUUUUGAAUUUGUAUUACCUGGCGCCGCAUCAUCAAACUAAUGAAUACAGUUUAAUAUUCAGUGGUAUGAUGUUAUGUCGAUUGACACCACCUAUGUGCUUGAAUUUCUUAGGUCUUAUCCAUAUGGAUUCGCAUAUAAUAAAAACUCAUAUAUUGGAAACUUAUUACACUCAGGUAAUGGGUCACAUGGAUGUUAUUUCUAUAAUAUCAGAUGGAUUUAACGUAUACUUUCCAAUGGCUAUUUUGGCAUUCUGCCUAGCGACGUAUUUUAGCAUAGGAAGCAGAUUACUUUCUAUGCUAGGAUUCCAACAGUUUCUCGAUGACGAUGAGUUCACAACAGAUCUUGUCGAAGAAGGUCGAGAAUUAAUAAAACGAGAGAGGCGCAAGCGACAAAGAGCUGAAGAUUCGAUGUGCAGAAGACGCGAGUUUCAAGAAAGAUUUAGUAGUUCUGCAACUUCGUCUCGUUACAGAACGUCACGGCAAAGUACCGAUACAGUGCGACCUUUAAAACGAGACGAAUCAGUAGAAUCAGCGAGAGCUGGAUUGCUACGUGAUUUUGAUCCUGCAGAUUAUUAUAUCGGUAUGACCUCCGGUGUCGACGGCUAUGGUGCAAACAAUAGUUUCGAUAGGGACUAUCAGGUAGAUGAUUUUUACGAAGAGCGUGUAGACAAUGCAAGAGCAUUUAAUACAAACACAAAUCGCGUAGGACCUCCACCGAGAGGACUAUUCGACGAUAUUUAAAAAUAAAUCUGAUACUGUUUAGUAUUUGCCCAGUAAUAAAUUACUAAACGAAUUUACUUAUAGUUAAUAAUACUCACAUUUAAUCUAUCUAUUCUUGGUAAAUAGAAUUUUUUAAUACAGAGGUUGUGAAUACGAUGAUUUUACGUUCGUGUAAUAGAAAUAACAAAAUUAUACUGUCGUGAGUAAGUAUCAGUCAGAGUAUGAUUUUAAAAGGUGCGAUUGCAAAAAGUCUUAAUCCACGCGUUCCCAUUAUUUAUUGCAAAAUUUUUAUGUAAAAAUAGGAUGCACAUGUACGUAUACAUAAUUUAAUUACUGAAACUUUCAGAAUGUUGGUUUACGUUAUUUACGUUUGUAUAUUCGUAUUAUUGAGAAACAUUUAUCACUGUUCAAAUAAUGAAUGGUAGAAAUAGGUUUAUUAAUCCGCAGUAGUUUUAGUGAACUGUUAAAUUUCAUACAGUAUUUGAUAUAUUUUUAACAAUGAACCCAUAGACGUAGCAUACAUAAAUUAAUAUAAAGUAUCUAUAUUACUGUACUAAAUUAUAUAAAUGAAAAACUUGAGGUAUACAUAAAUUGUGGAUUUCAUUGAUCUCGAUCUUACUUUUAUUUAAAACAACACGGUACUAUAAAUUUGAUGUGUAAUAUUUACGGAUGUGUUUCUUCGUUAAUAGUCACAGAAAGUUAUACAUUAUUUAAAAUAUAAUAAAACAACAAUAGAAGAAUGAUAAUUCUGAAUAUUUAUGAUUGCUCUUCUAUUGUAAGUUUGAAAAACUAGAAAUGACGCACUGAAUCAUUUGAAACAAUGUAAUUAAUAAUAACUGGCUGCUUAUAAUUCUUAUUAGAAAAUGAAAGUAAAAAUCAUUUUCUAUGAUUUUAUCGAUAUCGCGUAAAAAUAAAAUUAUUUGCAUAUUUAUAACAGAAACAGGGAUUUAUCUAUGUUAUGAACGUGAAUCGUUCAAUGUUGUUAUUUUGGAGCUUCGAUGUUUUAUAUUUUAAAUAAAGUUAACAUAGGAUUUUAUUUGUUUUUGGUAACAAGAAUAUUUUUUGUAAAUAGUAGGCAAAUAUUUGUAUUGUCUAAUUAAUAACGCUUACAGAGAAAUUUAUUUAUCAUUAUAUAUUAUACGUGUACGUUGUUCAAUAAACUACUUUACUUUAUGCUAGAUAAAAUAUGAAAAGAUAAAAGGUAGGAUUAAAAGGAGGAAGAACUCAAUAAUGAUUCCAUUAUUAUGCAAAACAAAAUUAUGUAUAUUACUUUUAUUGCAAAUAUUUCAUACAGAUAUGAAAACAUUUAAGAAAAUAUGUGUCCAAACUAUAUCUGCAAUAUUAACGGCAUUUGCUAAUAAAUAUGUUAUCAAUGUAUUAAAAAACACAGUUACAAAUCUCAACAACCUCUUUUGCUUAUUAUCCCAAAAUAUGCUCUCUGAUUUAUGUUCGUUAUAAUAAUUCCUGUGCACGUGUUAAAAAUGUAUAAGAAUAGAUAUCACACAUACGUCUAAAAACGUUGAAACUUUUCUUUUGGCUUAAAUA